GUAACCAUGGCAAUGACAGGUCAGACAUCCUGCUCCUCGAUGAGCAACCAUACAAAGGAACGGGUCACAAUGGCCAAAGUGACCCUGGAGAACUUCUACAGCAAUCUGAUCUCCCAGCACGAGGAGAGGGAGAUGAGGCAGCAGAAGUUGGAGAAGGUGAUGGAUCAAGAGGGACUAGCUGAUGAAGAGAAGCGUAUACGGCGAUCUCAGCAUGCAAGGAAAGAGACAGAAUUUCUCCGGCUGAAACGAACACGCCUCGGACUAGAUGAUUUUGAGUCACUCAAAGUGAUUGGUCGUGGUGCUUUCGGAGAGGUGCGCUUGGUUCAGAAGAAAGACACGGGUCAUGUGUAUGCCAUGAAGAUUUUGCGCAAGGCUGAUAUGCUUGAGAAAGAACAGAUUGGCCAUAUUCGGGCAGAAAGGGACAUUCUGGUGGAGGCAGACAGCCUGUGGGUUGUGAAGAUGUUCUACAGCUUUCAGGACAAGAUGAACCUCUACCUCAUAAUGGAGUUCUUACCUGGAGGAGAUAUGAUGACUCUGUUGAUGAAGAAAGACACUCUGACUGAGGAGGCUACUCAGUUUUACAUUGCUGAGACCGUGUUAGCCAUUGACUCCAUUCACCAGCUGGGUUUUAUCCACAGAGACAUCAAACCUGACAACCUGCUGCUGGACUCAAAAGGCCAUGUGAAGCUGUCUGAUUUUGGCUUAUGUACAGGACUUAAGAAGGCUCACAGGACAGAAUUCUACAGAAACCUCAACCACAGCCUGCCCAGUGACUUCACGUUCCAAAACAUGAACUCGAAGAGAAAAGCGGAAACAUGGAAGAGAAACAGAAGACAGCUGGCCUUCUCGACUGUUGGAACCCCUGACUACAUUGCUCCAGAAGUAUUUAUGCAAAAUGGAUACAACAAACUGUGUGACUGGUGGAGCCUUGGGGUCAUCAUGUAUGAGAUGCUCAUAGGUUACCCUCCUUUCUGUUCUGAGACGCCUCAGGAGACAUAUAGGAAGGUGAUGAAUUGGCGGGAAACCCUGACAUUCCCCCCAGAAGUUCCAAUCUCUGAGAAGGCUAAGGACCUUAUUCUCAGGUUCUGCUGUGAGAGUGAAAACAGGAUUGGUGCUACUGGAGUUGAAGAGAUCAAAUCCAAUCCUUUCUUUGAGGGAGUUGACUAUGACCACAUCAGGGAGAGACCUGCUGCCAUUCCAAUUGAGAUUAAAAGUAUAGACGACACCUCUAACUUCGAUGAGUUCCCUGAUUCAGACAUCCUCCAACCAACAUCUACUGUUGUGUCCAACCACAGUGAGGUUGAUUUAAAGAACAAGGACUGGGUCUUCAUUAACUACACAUACAAACGCUUUGAGGGUCUGACUGCCCGGGGGGCCAUUCCUUCCUGUAUGAAAUCAGGGAAGAGAUAAACACAUUACCUGCUGGAUUCUCGUGGAGCUAGUGGUUUUCUUCAAGGAGUCUUAUCUCCCCAUUGCUUCUUAUUGCUGUGGAUUGGUCCAUCUACAGAGUCAUCCAUUUCCAGCGUUGACCCACACUGUGAAGAGUCAUUUGUGAUGGUUGACCCCUUUUGUUCCAGCACUUUGGCUUUCUUUUUUUUUUUUUUGCUUCUUCAGUAGAAGCUGCUAAAACUCCUUUCUAGUCCUUUUUGGCAAAGAUUGUAAAAUUUGGAAAAGCAUUUGAAUCUUGCUUUUUUUAUUUUAUUUUAUUUUUUUAACCCCAUGAUGGAGGUACAUUUUCUUUUGACUGGAUCUGCAUCUAGAGGGUGAUGAGGGCACUCUCAACCUUUGAUUGUUUUUAGUAAUUCACUGUUUUUAAACAGACUGGUUUGAGAUUGAAUCCUGCUUGGCUUCAGCCUUGAUCAUGUCCUCAUCUGCUGUAUAAAUCUUGCACCUUUGUUUCGAGUAAACAAAAAAGAGAAGAGGAAUCUCUUUUGGUGAGCUGUUUGAAGUCUGUGCAGUUGGAUAUGUUUGGGUUUUUAUCUUCUCUUUUUGAUAGAACCUGCCUAGACACUUGCCACUGUAGACACCAAACUGGCAAAGGCAAAAAUCGAGGGGCUCGUCUUUGCGUUUAUCCAAAUAAUUGUCACUGUUUGCAAGCCUGGAAUAAAGUGUGGAGCAGACAUUGCCUUAUACUUGGAAACUACAUGAAUGUUCCAGUAAUCACCUUUUACACCAGCAAAAUGUCAGAGUAAUCUUUCUCCUAGACCUGCAGACUGACUCAAAACCUUUGUACAUUUCCACAGUACACCAGCCAGUGAUAGCGACCAAGUGAAACUAGUAACCAGCUUAUUUAUCACAGUAUCUAAAUUGUUAAUGUAGCUUUACCCAGUAAUUUCCCCUGAUAUACAGACUCAAUCAAUACUUAAUAAUCCCUGUUCCUUAAAAGGGCUUGCUAUUCAUGUUUACCCUGUUCAACUGGGAACAAACCAAUGUAGCUCUAGUAUUAAAGGAAUGAACAUCAUAAUUCAGAGGGUGCUGAACUGGCUUAAUUGAUGGUUAUAUACCAAACAGUCUUCCAUGUUGAUACUGGGCUUAAAAGCAUGUCUUAGUAGCAAAGCAAUAUUUUACCAAAGAUUUGUGACUUAUAGCAACUUAAGAAUCUUGGUUAUGCAGCUCAAUUUGUGCUGGGGAUUUUAGAAUGUCUUCUUCUUUCUAGGUUUAAACAUACUUUGCCUAUAAUAUAGCAUUAAAUCAGUAUGUCUAGAUGUUAUGUUUUUUCCUAAUAUUGGAGAAAUUGAUUAGUAGCAUUUAGUUAUCAUUGAACAGUAAUUAUCAAUAUUGUCAUCAGUGUCAUUCCAGUAUGGCUGUGAGUAGAUACAUGCAUUAUUGUAUACUUGUUGAUGGUCACUUGAUGCAUACAGUUGGCAAAGGCAUGUGUACUUGAGCUCAUGUGAUACUAUUUAAUGUAGAAAAUGAAUUCAGACGGCUUUGUGAGGUUUGAGGGAUUCCCAUGUAAGCUGACAUUGUAGGACUCAUGUAAGCCUUUUGCACUUUUGGCUUCAUGGUGUCUUGCUCUGUCAGCUUUCAGUAGCUUCCUUCAUCAGCAUAAAGCUGAAACGUAAUCCUUUGUGUAAACACCAGAGCUGCAAUUUGAGCAUGUUUGUGUCAAACUGUUCUUGAGCUGUAGAUGUGUGCGCCAUGAAGACUUAACAAAUCCAGAUUCAACUUUAUUUCAUGAUUCUGGAUUCUGAAAGAAAUAGCCUCUGCUUAUCUAGGAUUUUAGAACUAAUAUUUUAGAGGCUUUAGAGCAAAUUGUACGAUUAGUCAUGUUCUACAACUUUUUGUGAAUUAACUAUUGAUUUGUUUUGUCUGUGGAGCAAAAUGCUUAGGAAUGGGUGCGCUUUUGAAUGCAGGGCUGUUUGGAUCUCUUAUUUUGCAAUACAGAACGUUGUCAGUUAAAUCAAUAGCUGUGCGCAUGGCCUCACAAAUCCAAAAAUGCUGUCAUUAUUAUGAAAACAGCAUGAUUGUAUGACUGUCAAAAUGCUGUAGUUUUUGUAUUACAAGAGCAAUACAGGGCGGGGCAUCAUGUUUUGUAAAUACAUGUUGGUCCUGCGAGACCAUCAUCGCAUUGAUACUGAAGUUUGACUGUUCUGCCACAUGCUUUUGCAUGAGUGCUGCUGGACUGAUGGCUGAUCUCUGAAUGGCAUAGAGAGUAAUUGUUUUAUUUUUAAUUUAUAUUCCUGUUUGUGUCUGGUUCUCUGUUCCAGCUUUAUUGUGGAGUGAGAAUGAUGGGGAGAACCAGUUUGUUAUGGCUUUUUAAUAAUGAUGAACUGUUAAUGAGAAGGUGCUUGAUCAGAUUAUACACUGUUCUGCAAAUGCUCACCUCACCACCUUUUGAACUACUCUGAGUACCAUGUGGAGUUAUACAAAUGUGCUGAAAAUAAUCAGAAGUUUAUCUGCUAUUUGAUCACACCAGUUUACUUUUUCUAUGUCUUUUGGGCUCAAGGAGUUGGUUGGUGCUCUGUGUAGGUCAGCUGAAUUGCUGUCUGGGUGCAGAAUGCUUCGUUAUGGAGGUGUUGAACUUGUUUAGAAUUUUGGGAACAUUCUGUUGGGUACAAUUACAUAUUUAGUCAUGAGUGAACAGAGCAGUUUUGAUUUAUUUCCACUGUAUGUAUAAUACACCCAAGUUUGGUUGUAUGUUCAAAAAAACACACUGGUUGACUAUUUGCCUAUUUACACAGCAUCAGCAAAGCAGGCUAGAGCUUCUGAAUAUUUCAGAAUAUUUAUAUACUUUAUAGGAAUGUCUGCAAUAAAAACCCAUGUAUAUUUAUGUUUUAAGGGUUUGUGUUGUGAAGGAUGUAGGGCUUAUUUAUUCAAACCAGGGCCUACAUUCACAAAGUAACUCUGGAAUAGAGGGUGUAUUGAUCAUGGAUGAACAACUUGUUUGCAGCUUUGAGUUACUGUUCAUUAAAAAUGCAAAAUCAAUAUAAAACCCAUAGUCCUACUUCCAUCGUUUGUAAAUAUGGCUUCUAGGUUCAUUAAUGUUGCAUUCUACUGUGAGAUGAGGAAAUGGGCCUCUCUCUGCCUUAAGAUUACGUUUGAUAUGUUUGAAGAUUUUAACUACACUUUGUAGAGCACCUUUCACUGGUUAUUUGGAGAAUUUGUGGUGAGCACACACAUUAACCUGUAAAGCACAUUCAAUAAAACACAAAUCAGUUUA